UGAAAUCCGAAAAUAUUACACACCGAAAGCUUCUUGCGUUCUUAGCGACGAAUGUAUAAUUUUUGUAUUUUAGAUAGUUGGGCCAUUUACAACCAGUAUCAGAAUACACUGUAACUAUGGAGCUGCCACCUAUGAGUGAUAAGAUUGCAGCCAUUAUGGCGAAACUUGAGAAGGGCGAAAAGAAGAGGGAGGUGGCCAAUAGGGAGGUGGAGGAGAAACCCCCUACAAACCUAGAAGAGUUUAUGAAAGUGGAAAAUCUGGAUGAGUGGCCCCAGAGGUUGACAUCAGAGGGUCCCAUGGACAUUCAGGAUGAACGUCUCCUGCUUGGAAGCAAGGAGGACAUUGUCGAGCUACUACGGGAUGCAGCACCUCUCGGUGUUGAGAAGCUUAAUGCAGUCCAGCAGCGUCUUGAGGCCCUGGAGGACACACUCAACUAUUACGCCUCACAGAUUGUUGCCGAGGACAAACGAGAGUCCAGGCUACAAGACAGGCUCUUUUACUCACCUUCUAGGACAUUUAUGACAGAGGUGUCCGGGUCUGAUGCUGUAAAGUCUCAUCACAGCUCCAAGGGACAUAAAAGCUUGGCAGACAAGUUUAAUAUGAAGUCUGAGCAGAUAUCAGGUCUGAUCAGUGCAGCUGAGAGGGAAGGGGUUCGCCAAGACCUCAUAUCGGACUUUGUGGAUUCUCUAAUGGAGACUCGUAAGAAGAGUUUAGAGUAUUGCACAUUCCCAGGAUUCCGGCAUGGUGAGCUCAUUGAGUUGCCGGGGCAACUGGAAUCUCCACCCAUCCUGCAUAGAGUCACCAAGGCUCAGGACUUCAAUCCUGGGUUUAAGAAGUUCUGGAAGAAGAUUUUCCUGUCUGAAGCCUCGGUUGCAGUGAUGCAGGACACGUUCUGGUGGUUCUUUCUUGAAAAGUUUGAUACUAACAAGCCAAUAGACAAGAACCUUCUGUAUGACCGCAUAGCGGACAGCUACGUUGCUCUCUUCACCAGCAUCAAUGGGGACGUCAAGGACAAGUUCCUCAUGGAGUAUCCCAACUGCCUGGCCCAGGCUGUUUUCUCUGCAUACUGGGAAGCUUUCCCUGAGUCUCGUAACAAGUUCAGUGACCAGCUUCGUCAAGAACUGCUCAACACCAUCAGCGAGUGGACCACAGGGGUGAAGCCAGUUCCAGGCACGUUUAAGAGCUGGAAGAUGCGACGACUGCAGUCGAAGCCCCUGAAAGGCAUGGAGAAAGAGAACAGCAAGACGGCGGAGCAGAUGAUGCAAGCGGCAGCACUCAACAAAGAGUUAAACUACUCUCUAGAUAUUGAGAGUUUCGCCAAGAUGGUUGACAAAAUGGGCACAGAGCAGGUUAUGUAUGGCCUGACCCCAUUAGGCAUGAGUCGUGAUGUGACACAGAUGACCAACAGCCCGUCCCAGGGCCCGACAGUCAUCUCCCAGUCACGCCUGGCGACUGCUGGCACCAGUAGAGGGAAACCAACUGAGUCUCACCAGAUAGGCCCAGGCCCGACCUAUGAGCGUGUCAAGUUCAACACUCAGGGUCGCAGCCCGCUCAUUUCCCACUACCUUCACCUGCGAAAGCUGAAGGACCUGGAGCAGCCGGGCAAGCGGGUGCGUCGUACAGAGAUAGUCAAAGUCCCCUCUCCUGGGCCAACCUACCGUCAGCUGAUCCAGAACACUCUUGCCAUGACAGAUGCCCUUAGCAAGGAGUACCAGAGAAUUUGUGAUGAAACUGAUGCUGAGAUCUACGAGCUUGAGAGGCGGCAGGCAACAACGAACCGCGAGUUCAACAAGCUUACAAAGGAGCUCAUGUUUACCAAGAAUCCGGUGGACCUUAAAAUACUCAGUGACAAGAUCAUCGGACUCAGGCACAGACGACUGUCGUCGGCGGAUCGUGACCGGGAGACGCCGCUGCUGCAGGACGACAAGGGGCACCACCCGGCCAUCCACGUGACAAGCGACAGUGAGGAGGAAGUUGACGUCAGGUUCGACGAGGACGACUGAGGAAAACCACGCUUACAAUGUGAAACACAAAAUCUGUGAUAUUAUUUUUGAUUGAAAUUUAAAGUCUAUUAUGUUUCAUGUAUGUCGGAAAUGUACUUUGGAAAACGAUGAUAAAUAUUUUCACAUAGUGUACAGCAUUUAAUUAUUCAUGUUUAAGAUACUAGUUCAAUUAAUGAUCUUGAUAACUAAAAUGUGUGAGGGCAGUCCUUGUCAUUUACUUAAAGUGCUCACUGGGAUGUGAUUAUCCCUGGGACUGAUGCUGACAGUGAUGGAUACUUGCUCUAUCAAGGGUCAAUUGAAUCCUCCUCAGUUUAGCCGUCACGCAGACAAGGCGUUCAUUUUCCAUAUAGUCAAUAUUUUCACUUGCCUUAGAAAAUAGAAUGAUUGUCUAGCGUCAUUAUUUGAACAGUUAAUAUUGGCUGGGAAAUGCUUUUGAUUAAUGCUGGAUCAGAUGUAACUGAGAACUGUCAGGCUCGCGUGAUCUGCGGAUUGGGUCGAUUUUUUAUGUUGUGUGAGGCGAACAUAAACAUUAAUGAUAUACUGUUAUUUAUGGUUGAGUUGUGUUUGAAUUUGUUGUUUUGAACAUCCUGUUAUUUUGAGAACAUUAUAUUAUUUGUGAGUAAAUGUUAUCAUGUGCACAUGUA